AAUGUGACAAAAUACAAUGUCAUGGGGUUAAGUGAAGAGGUAAUGUAUAAUUUCACUGUCCGGACAAUUAACGAUGCAGAGGAAGCACAAAAAGUUAGUGAUCCCAGUGAGGUUAUCAACUGUUCAACUAAGGCUGGAGUAUCUACCCCUCCAACAAAGUUGAAUAUAAGUGAUAUUGGUGGCAGAGGUUUUAUGAUUAGUUUUGAAAAACCUGUAAAUGUGAGCGGUCAGUUAGCUGGAUACAGAAUCGUUAUCCUGGAAGGAUCCAUCUGUGUACAAGAGAUCUUUCUUGUAGGAAACUGUCCACAGUGUGAGGGUAUAGCUGACUGUGCAAAACCCAAGGUCAUCCCAAAACCAGAUAUAUAUCAGCCUAUGGUACAGCAAGUAACAGACCUAAAACCAUACACCCACUACAUUGUUAAAGUGGCAGCAGUGAAUGGAGAAGGUGAAGGACGCUUUGAUAAUGCAACAGCAAAGACUGAGGAAGAAACUCCACAAAAACCUGGAAAUAUAAAAGCAACUAAUAUAGAGGCCAAGACUCUGACAUUGUCCUGGGAUGUAGCAGGUCCCCCACCUGGCAACACAACAUACACUUUAGAAGUGUAUGAAGGGACGGAUGAUACUGGAACAAACUUUACCCCGAAACAACCAAAUCUGUAUGCAUACGGUUUUCACCAGAAGUCAUUGUCCAUAACUGAUCUGGAGGAAUACUGGCCGUACAAGUUCAAAGUUAUUGCUGCUACAGUUAAAGGGACUAGUGAAUCAGAUGUAUCAGAUAUUGUCAGAACGAAGCAAGCAGCACCAGGACCAGUGGAAAACUUGACUGUCAAUAUUAAAGAGGGGAACUACAGAGUGGCAUAUGCAUAUUGGAACAUUCCAUCACUGAGGGACCGGAAUGGUGUCUUAGAUAACUAUAAUGUCAAAGUCAUUAAUCAAGGGACAGAGAUAUUAUCAGAAACAAUACCAGUCUCCUCAAUACAACGUGUUGAACAAAAUUUUACAGUUGUACCAGAGGAAACAUAUACAGUAACAGUAUCUGCCACAAAUAAUGAGAGUAUGUCAGGUCAGGAAGCCCAACAUCCCUACAGAGUACCUGCUGGCAGUCCUCCAAUAGACUAUAGUGUAGAAUUGAUAAGUACUAAACCAGGUCAACACAGAUCUUCAUGGCAAACCAUCACAGUGGAACUUAACACUGAUUUCUUCAAAAAUGAUUUAAACGGAAAACAAGUUUUAUUUGGAAUAACUGUGUGUGAAGAAUCUAAAUGUACCGAUCAAGGAUCAUUAGAUAGGAAAGAAGAUUGGGAGGGGCUGCCAAACUGGCAUGAUGCCAGUAAAAAUGGAUUUCCGUUAUACAGAGUCACAAACGAUACAUACAUGAAUGAAAUCAACAGUGGAG